UUGUUUUGAUCUGUUAAAAUCCUCAAAUUGACUAACAAAAUAAAAAAAAAAUAUGUAUGCAUUUUAAUAAUAUGAUUACACCAAUCCCACCACAGUUCCAGCUGCAAAGAGUAAUUUUAUAUUUUUUCAAAAGUCAUGGUCCCUAUUUCCAGAACUCUCUACUAUAAUCUCUAAUGUGUCUUCCUCAAAAAUGGCGUUUGCUGGUAAUUACAUAUCAAUAUUUUGUCGUGUGUCAUUUUUUCUCACAAUACUGGUGGUAGUGAGUGCCCUACCAUUUCCUUGCUUGUUCAUUUUUGGUGAUUCCUUAGUGGAUAGUGGUAAUAACAACAACCUAAAUACAUCAGCUAAGGUGGAUUUCCCUCCUUAUGGUGUUGAUUUCCCUUAUGGUGCUACUGGAAGAUUCACCAAUGGCCUCACUUCGGCCGAUUUUCUCGCUAAAAUGCUCGGUUUCAGCGAUUUCAUUCCACCUUUUGCCGAGGUGCAAGACACCGGUGACGUAUCCAACGGUGUCAAUUACGCCUCCGGAUCAGCCGGAAUUCGUAGCGACACCGGAAAGCAUCUGGGGUAUAGGAUCAGUUUGGAUCAACAGUUGCGAAAUCACGAGAUCGCUUUGUCGCGAUUUACGGCUUCGUACGGAAAUGAGUCUUCAGCCAAACAGCGCCUCAACAAAUGCUUGUAUUAUUUGGUAAUUGGCAGCAACGAUUACAUCAACAAUUACUAUGAGCCUAAAUACUAUACCACCCAAAGAUGGUAUACACCACAGCAAUAUGCAACAUUCUUAGCCAAUAAAUUCUCUCAGCAGCUUAAGCAAUUAUACAAUUUAGGGGCAAGAAAAAUAGGUGUUGCCGGUCUUGGUCCAUUAGGUUGCAUCCCGGCGAUGGUGACGAAAGGUACUCAGGGCUCCCUCUGCAUCGACGCCAUCAACGACGCAGUCAGAUUGUUCAACACAGAGCUCAGAGUCCUUGUCGAACAACUCAGUCAUGAUCUCCCCGACUCUAAUUUCAUCUACAUAGAUGCCAUGGAUUUGAGGCCAACAGAGCUAUUUGUUCCUGGCAUGAGGGUUUUGAUUGAGGCGUGCUGCAGGGUCGAGACAAGUACAGGGCUGUGCGUUCGAGGAGGAACACCGUGUGCUAUUAGGGACAUUCAUUUCUUCUAUGACCAUUUCCAUCCAACUGAGAUUGUUAACAAGGUUGUUGCAACCGCUUCAUACCUUGAUAUUCUCAAGUUGAUGGCUUAGAUCCCAUAAAUUCAUUUGUUAUGCUCAAUUCUUGGAGUAUAUUAUGUAUUGAUUGCUUGAGGAUGAAGAAGUAACAUUUUAUCAGUUCAAGUCUUUAAUUGUUUGAUGGUGUGAUGAAGUACAAGAUAGAUGACUAAGUCAUGUGUUACAUC